GUUGUUUGGAAUAGCAAGCAAAAUCAAAAAAGAAAAACCGGUACACCUAAAUAAGAAGCCAAAGACCCUAAGAACUCGAUCCGUUUAGCCGGAGAAGACCGAGGCCAGCAAUACAAGUCGCCGCGUUCCCAGGAAUUUUGCGGCAGCAGUGGAUUCGUGCUCAUAUUGAGUUCACAGUUGAACAAUGGCCAUGUAUAUCCGUGUUAAGCGUAGUAAGACAACUUACUUUAUCCAGUGUGAACCAACCGAGACAAUUUUAGAUAUUAAGCAGAAAUUGCAAAAUCUUAUUGAUCAACCGGUAAAUGAUCAGCGCUUGAUCCUAGUCAGUACUGGGGAAGUACUGGAAGAUUCAAAGACGUUGGCAGAUCAAAAGGUGGAAAAUGAUGGCGUUGUAGCACUGACUUUGAGAAAAGAUGACGAUGAGUUUGAAGAAGUGAACAUUGUACGACCAGAUGACUUCUACCAAUCUCGUGAUGCAGAUGCAAGCAGUUGGUGAAGUUAGAAUUUGCUCUCGGAAAGUUUAUAACUCACUGCAAGCUUCAGCAUAUUGAGUGUAGAUCUUAGCUAUCCACACCCAUGGCGCUAAUGUAUUGUUUCGUGCGUGGUAAUUGUGGGAGGAAUAUGUUAAAUAAUAAACAUUCAAGUUUUGUAGAUGAAAUAUUUGGGGAGCUUCAAAUUGACUGUAUGAUUACGAUUUAUGAGUGUACAAUGUUUUACAUGAAAUAAGCCAAACAUUUACAAUGAUUAUGAAUGA